AUGGAUAGGCACUCUAAGAGGAAAUCUGAGUCUUGGCUAGGAGGUGCCUUCAUCUGUAAGAUGGUGCCAUUUGUCCAGUCCACCGCCGUUGUGUCAGAAAUCCUCACUAUGACUUGCAUUGCGGUUGAGAGACACCAAGGACUUGUCCAUCCUUUUAAAAUGAAGUGGCAGUACACCAACCGAAGGGCUUUCACAAUCUUGGGUGUGGUCUGGUUGGUGGCCAUCAUCGUAGGAUCACCCAUGUGGCACGUACAACGACUUGAGAUUAAGUAUGACUUCCUAUAUGAAAAAGAACACGUCUGCUGCUUGGAAGAAUGGGCCAGCCCCAUGCACCAGAAAAUCUACACCACCUUCAUCCUUGUCAUCCUCUUCCUCCUGCCUCUGGUGGUGAUGCUCGCCCUCUACAGUAAGAUCGGCUAUGAACUCUGGAUCAAGAAGAGAGUUGGAGACAGCUCCGUGCUUCAAACUAUUCAUGGAAAAGAAAUGUCCAAAAUAGCCAGGAAGAAGAAGCGGGCUGUGGUUAUGAUGGUGACCGUGGUGGCUCUCUUUGCUGCGUGCUGGGCACCUUUCCAUGUUGUUCACAUGAUGGUUGAAUACAGUGAUUUUGAAACAGAGUACGAUGAUGUCACAAUCAAGAUGUUUUUUGCUGUAGUACAAAUAAUUGGGUUUUUCAACUCCAUCUGUAAUCCCAUUGUGUACGCAUUUAUGAACGAAAACUUCAAAAAGAAUUUUUUGUCUGCAGUAUGUUAUUGCAUAAUAAAAGAAAGGUUUUCUCCAGUGCAGAAGCGCAGAAAUUCAGGAAUGUGGAUGACACAGAAGAGAACCACGUUAUCUCGACAACAGUGUCCAGGAGAGAAAACCAAGGGAGAUGCAUUCAGCGAUUCCAACAUCGAAGUCAAACUGUGUGAGCAGCCCGGAGGGAAAAGGCAGCUCAAGCGACAGCUUGCUUUCUUUAGUUCUGAACUUUCUGAAAAUUCAAUUUUAGGCAGUGGACAUGAAUUGUAA